AUGAAUCCUAUUAGAAGAGGUGUUUAUAGCUACAUGUUUGUGGAACCUUCUUUGAAGACAUUGAGAGGAUUAGGAGCUCGCCUGGUUCUCAACAACAAAGACAAGUUCAAAGAUGCCUAUGGGAAUCUCCUAGGCAUGCUUAACACUGAGGUCAACAUUACAGCUCUUCACACUCUGGUGCAGUUUUACGACCCUCCUUUGAGAUGCUUCAUGUUUCAGGACUACCAAUUGGCUCCUACUUUGGAGGAAUACUCACACAUUCUGGGAAUUGAGAUUAAGGAUCAGGCUCCCUUUGUCCCUAUAAAGGAACUUCCUAAGCCUCAACAUCUAGCGGAAAUCCUUCACAUAGGGAAGAAGGAGGUGAAGCUCAAUCUUAAACCUAAGGGUGGUACCCAUGGGUUUGCCUUGAAGUUUCUGGUUGACAAGGCUAUUGAAUUUGCUGAAGCUGGGAGUUGGGAUGCCUUCAACACUAUCUUUGCUUUGAUCAUAUAUGGGAUUGUGUUGUUCCAAAAUAUGGAAGACUUUGUUGACUUGGCUUCUAUCUACCUCUUCAUGGCCAAGAAUCUCGUUCCUACUCUCCUUGCCGACACGUACUAUUCCAUCCACGUGAGGAAUGAGAAGAAGAAGGGGAUUAUCGUGUGCUAUACCCCGAUGUUGUAUAGAUGGUUUACUUCACAUCUACCCAGCAAGGGUCCUUUUGUUGAUAACGAGGGAAAUCUGAAAUGGUCUCAAAGGAUCAUGUCCCUCACAUCUGAAGACAUCUCGUGGUAUUCUAGAGUGUAUGUCGUUAUUAAGAUCAUCAUGGAUUGUGGUAAUUUCCCCAAUGUACCCCUUCUAGGUACAAAGGGAGGAACUAAUUAUAACCCAAGGAUAGCGUUGCGCCAGUUGGGCUACCCGAUGGUAGACAAACCAGAUUCCGAGCUUCUAAAGGAGUUUUUUCUGUAUGAAGGGGUUGACAACUCAGAGUUCCAGAAGAGGAUUGUCUGA